AUGUCUGAGCCUAAGUAUGUGGCUCUGGAUAAGCAGCGAACCCUGUUCGACACUCGGAUAGCCAUGAUCAUUCCAACCCCUGACGCGAAAGUACGGCUCAAUGAAACCGCUGGCACUGCUCUGGAUGGGCUCCAAGCCGACGAAAGCGGACCUCGGCCUCCUGCUUACUCCGAGCUUCCUCCUCCCGUCACCCAGCAUGAAGACGGGCUGGACUCGCCUUCUGGUGUUGCGAAACCGCUCCCUCCGCCCCCGACGCGCCCGACGAACCAUCUCUCGCUAGUGAAGAAAGAUGACAAUAUCAACGGGUCGUACUAUGUUGACCCGAGUAUGGUCUUGCCAGUGAAUGUGCUGCCACCACUGCGCAAAGACGAAACGGAGGAAACACGCACGAAUCUCUAUCUCAUGACCAAGGAUGGCCACAUCGAUGCUGAUGUCUGGAUCCGCGGGAGGGAAGAAGGGGCUGUUGGUGCUUCGGAGAAACGAACGAGAGUGGAGAUGCAUACGAAGGAUGGGUGGAUAUCCACGCGCAUUAUUCCAGUUGGGAAUAUUGCUCCCUUUCACUUGAAGCUGUACUCCAGUGACGGUCGCAUUACGAUCGCUAUCCCUCGCUCCUUCCACGGCCCGCUUAUUCUCUCUGCAUCGCACGACAAAAAGUCGACACUGUCGCCUGCUCUGCUCGCAGAGAGCACGCCAAUUGGCCACCACGAGCGCACGGCACGCUAUAUCGUGGGUGACAUCGGGACGUGGAAAGGCGAUGAGUGGGCAGGCGACGAGGUGCACGCCGAAACAAAGGAUGGGAGCAUCAGGGUGCGGUAUGUCGACGAGGAUGCGGCCCCACUGAGCAUGUUUGAGUCGUUCGGACGAAUGAUUGGAAUUGGACUGUGACGGAGAAGGGAUACCCACGUAAAUCAUCCAAUUCAUAGGUGCAAUGUAUGCUGUACGGUAUGUGACUAGGCUUGUUAAGCACGUAUGAAAUUUCUUGCUUGUCC